AUGGCUAGUUUAUUAGUACAACUGUUGGCUUCAGAUAAAUUAACUGGGGACAAUUAUGCUACAUGGAAAUCAAAUUUGAACACAAUACUAGUUAUAGAUGAUUUAAGGUUCGUUUUGAUAGAGGACGGUCCUCCCAUCCCUAGCUCAAAUGCAAACCGAACUGUUUGGGAAUCAUACGAUAGAUGGACGAAGGCGAAUGAGAAAGCCUGUGUCUACAUUCUUGCCAAUGUAUCUGAUGUCUUGGUUAAGAAACGCAAAAGCAUUAAUACUGCCAAAGAGAUUAUGGAAUCUCUACGUGAGAUGUUUAGACAAUCGUCAUUCUCUCUGAGGCAUGAUGCAAUAAAAUAUGUUUACAAAUGCCGAAUGAAAGAAAGGGCCUCUGUUAAUGAACAUGUUAUGGACAUGAUGGUCCAUUUCAAUGUGGUAGAGGUAAACAGAGUUGUUGUAGAUGAGAGAAGUCAAGUCAAUUUUAUUCUAGAGUCUCUUCUAAAGAGCUUCUUGCAAUUUCGCACUAAUGCGUUAAUGAAUAAGAUAGAAUACAAACUGACUACACUUCUCAAUGAACUACAGGCUUUUCAGUCCAUUUUAAGAACAAAAAGAUGA